UAAUUCACCAUUGAGGAAAGCUGUUUUUACAUCCAUUUGAUGUAAUUCAAGAUCAAAAUAGGCUGUUAAUGCCAUGAUAAUCCGCAUAGAGUCCUUUGAAGAAACUGGGGAAAAAGUGUCACUAAAAUCAACCCCUUCCUUCUGUGUAAAACCCUUUGUUACCAGCCGAGCCUUGUAUCUUUCAAUUCUACCUUGAGCAUCUCUCUUGGUUUUGUAAACCCACUUGCAACCUAUUGGUUUAGUUUUAGAAUCAGAUUCCACCAAAGUCCAAACAUUGUUCUUGGACAUGGAUUCUAAUUCUUCUUCCAUAGCCUUCUUCCAUAAUACAGCUUGUGGACUUGUCAUUGCCUAAGAAUAGGUCAGUGGAUCAUCAAUAUCUCCUAGAUCGAAUUCAUUCUCCUGGAGGUAUACAUAGUCAUUUGAAAGAGUCGGUUUUUUCACUCUUGUUGAGUGUCUCACAGGUUGCUGCACAGGUUGAUGAUUGAGUUCUUGAAUUUCUUCAGACACAGAUGCAAGAUUAUCCUCAGCAACAGGCUGCAACUCAUUUUUAGUCAUCUCAGUGUCUUCAUCUCUAAUUGCAGAUGGUGUGUUUGAGAAAAUUGGAAUCUGCAGACAGUCAUUUAUUGCAUCAUCAUUAGUUGUUUGGUCAAUUUCUUCAAAUACAAAAGUUUCAGCUACCAUAUCUGCAACAUCUUGGUCUUCAAUGAACACAACAUUAUGAGUCUCUUGAAUCCGUGAAUAAGCCUGUGGACAAUAGAAUUUAUAGCCCUUGGAUUUCUCAGAAUAUCCAAUAAAGUAACAAGUUGUAGUUCUGGCAUCUAACUUCCUUUCAUUCGGAUUAUAAAUUCGGCCCUCAGACUUGCAUCCCCAUACAUGGAAAUGCCCAAAGCUAGGCCGUCUACCUGUCCAAACUUCAAAAGGUGUUCCUUUCACAGACUUAGUGGGCACUCGAUUCAAAAUAUAGUUGGCAGUCUUGAGUGCUUCACCCCAGAGAAAACUAGGCAGUUUUGAUCUUGAAAUCAUACUUCGAACCAUCCCAAUUAAAGUUCUAUUUCUUCUUUCUGAAACACCAUUUUGCUGUGGUGUCCCUGGAGUAGUAUACUGCGCCACAAUGCCUUGUUGCUGAAGAUAUAUUGCAAAAGGGCCCUUCUGUUGUCCAGCUUCAGUGUACCUGCCAAAAUACUCUCCCUCUCUAUCUGAUCUAACAAUUUUAAUUUGUCUAUUCAACUGCAUCUCAACUUCAGUCUUAAAGAUUUUAAAACAGUCAAGUACGGCUGAUUUUUCACUAAUGAGAAAAGUAGAACCAUAUCUAGAGAAAUCAUCAAUGAAAUUCACAAAAUAGCUAUUCACACUUAUGGUUUUAACAGGAAAAGGACCACAAACAUCAGUAUGUACAAUCUCAAGAAGGUUUUUACUCAUUUUUGCUUCAAAAUUUCUGAUAUUUGUUAGCUUUCCUUUCAUACAAUCAACACACUCUUUUGCAUUUUUGAAAUCAAGUGCAGGAAUCAAGUUUGUCUUAGCUAAUUAUAAAACUCUUUCUUUUGAAAUGUGACCUAGUCUUUUAUGCCAUAAACUAUAUGAAGACUCUGAUUCAUGCAUGCGUUUAGCAGUAGUACUCAAAACAAGGGAUGGUUUUUCAAAUAUGUAGUCUAUCUCCCACAGUUCAUCAUGCAAAAUAGUUGUCCAAAGUAAGGAAUUUAUUUUGUUUUUCUGAAAAAACUUUAUGCAUGAAUCAUCACAAAGAAAACCGAAACCUUGUUUGACCAAUUUUGAUGCAGAAAUCAAACUUCUUCUCAUAUCUGGAACAUAAAGAACAUCUUUCAAAUGAAGAACAAAACCUGAUUUCAUUUUAAGUUUCACAACCCCAAUUGCUUCAACACCUACUUUUGUCCCAUUCCCCACAAAAACAUUAUAGGAGUCUUUAUAAGUUUGUUUUUGUUUUUCAAAUCCAUGUAAUAUGUUUGUAAUGUGAACUGAACAUCCUGUGUCAAACCACCAAGAAUUAGCAGGAAUUUCAAUCAAAUUUGAUUCUACACAAACAUAGACAUUAGUUCUUCCUUUACUCCUUAGCCAAUCCUUGAAUGUUUCACAAUCCUUUCUAUAAUGACCCUUGAGUUUGCAGUGAUGACAUCUAAUUUUCGUCACAUCUUUCACAUUAAGUUUGUUAGAUUUAGAGGGUUUUGAGUAUUUUGCAGAUUUAGCAGACUUAUUGGCAUGAUUAGAGAAUUUAGAUGCCUUACCAGAAGCAAUAGUGGUAUCCUGAUUUCCAGCAUGCACUAGGUUCACAUCUUCUGUUUCUCUCAUUUUCUCUUGCCUCUGCCGAGUUUCCUCUUGCACACAUUGAGCAAUUAACUCAUCCACAGUCCAAGUCUUGUCUUGAGUGUUGUAUGACACUUUCAACUGGCUAUACUUCACUGGAAGAGCUUGCAGUAUCAUAAAAACCAGUUGUUUCUCACCGAUAUUGACCUCCAUGGAAUUGAGUUUCUCUGCUGCAUCCGACAUCUUCAUGAUGUGAUCUCUAAUGGAUGCAUUACCUUCAAUCUUGUAGGUUGUCAAGAUAGACAUAUAUUGACUGAUCUCUGCCUUCUCAGAUUCUUUAAACUUAUUCUCAAUGGCCUGAAGAUAAUCAAUAGCAAGAUCAUGCUUCUUGAUUCCCCCUCUAACAGUAUCUGUCAUCCCACUUUCAAGGAUGGAUAAAGCAAUUUUGUUGGCCCUAGUCCACCUUUCAAACUCAGCCUUCUCUGUUUUGGUACUUUUGUCGGUCAAUGGUGAUGGUCUAGGCGUAUCUAAUGCUAUAUCAAACUCAUUAAGAGUAAGCAAUAGACCAAUUUCACGCCUCCAUCUUUUAUAGUUACUACCCCCAGUGAGAAUAGGAACACUAGCAAGGUUGAGAGUCUUUAGAGGCACUGCAGACAUGUCAAAAUGAAAUCACAAAAAAGAACCAUAAGUUCCUGAUUUCAGUCUACAAUUACUAAGCACAUCACUGUAAUGAAUCAAUUUAGUCAUAUAUACAGACUUUUCAAUGAAUUUGAAAAGCAUAUAUAGAUCAAACAACCCUACAGUGAUGAACACGUUGUAUUCUGCAGAUUCAUAACUCAUGGUGUUUUCCAAUUCCAACAGAUCAACACAAUAAACGAAAUAAAUCAGUUAAUCUGUGCAGAAUAAUCAUGCAUAAAUUCAAAUUUUCAAUUUUUAACUACUAUUGAAUAAAUUAGAGAACACUAUAUUCUUCAUUAAUCAAUCUCAAGAAUCAAAUAACUCUUGUCAAGAAUUACCUUAAAUUCACGAUCCAAGAAAUCACGCAGCGGAAUGUAAAAGUUGAAACAUGAAUCUAAAAGAGAUGUGUUUCCUAGAUUAUCACUUGGAUCUGAUUUGAAGAACCGAUAAGUCGAAUACAAAACCAGGUGUUGUGUGAAGAAUUUCUUUCUUUACAGAAUACCAAAAGUCAAAACGCCUCCUUCCCUUUUUUUUUGUUGAGUCCAAAAACGACGUCGUUUAUUAUGAAAAAAAAAAAACCAACGCAAAUCAGUUCCUCAAUUGCAGUUCGUGUUCUGCAGACUUGAAUUUAAUCACAAGAUUUAUUUUGGCUCUGAUACCACAUGUUAGAAGAACUCAGAGACAUCAAAACCUAAAUCAGUCUCUUCCUAUGAACCGAAUUGAAUCAAGUGAUCAAAUCACGACAUUAACAAGAACGAAAACAAAAUAUAGACAGAACAUAAAAGAAUACUAACCUGCAGACAUGUUGCUUGAUGAAGAAGCCAUUGCAGCACUUACACAACCCUUCUCCUCUCUUCAAAUCUCAAUGCUCUCCCAAGAAUAGGUUAUUGGUGCAAAGAUGAGAGCGUUCUUAUGUGAGAGCAGUGUCUUAUGUAUAUAUACUAAGCAUAUCGAUUGCCCUAUUACAAUCCAAUAAGGAAUAUGAGUUCUAUUUAUGUGCAAAUACAAGAGUUCUCAAUAUCCUAGUCACAAUAGGAUUCCUGCCAACAUGACUAAGACUUCUUUUAUGAUAAUGUUAAUUAUCCCAAAACAUGUAAGAAUCAUACUCAUACUCUAACACGGGAAGCAACCACGUGUUUUAAAAAGUUAAAUAACAUGUAGUUGUAUAUGUUCAAAUGCAGGGUGUUGGCAUGCUGCUUGAAGGAAUUUUUGGUGGUGCUGUCGGUACCACUGCUUCUGUGUAAGAAAGCCUUUUUGCUUGACAUAUAUGUUGAUAUUCCCUUUAGAUAAUUUGUUGAACGUCUUGCUAGCUAUCAAAGAAUAUUGGAUAUCAACGGAAGAAAGUUUGCUAAUAAAGAAUAUGAACUCACUCAUUUUCCGAAAUGUGUUGCAACGGAAAUGUUGGCUUGCUUGGAUUAACACACAUAGGGAGCAGGAGUGUGGUGCAGAUUUCAACUGGGAAGUUUGGCGCUUUCUUUGCAUCGAUUCCUUUGCCGAUAUUUGCUGCCAUGUACUGUGUUUUAUUUGGAAUUCUGCUGUUGGGAUCACAUUCAUUCAGUUUGCAAAUAAUAAUUCCUUGAGAAACAUCUAUGUUUUGGGUCUUUCCCUGUUUCUUGGGAUAUCAAUACCUCAAUAUUUUGUCUCGAACUCCAGCCCGAAUGGUGUCGGGCCAGUUAAAACAGACGGUGGAUGGUUUGAUGACAUAUUGAACACAAUCUUCUCAUCGAGCCCGACAAUGGCGAUAAUCGUGGGGACGCUGCUGGAUAACACGCUUGACGCGAAGUAUGCGGUUGACAACAGAGGACUUGCAUGGUGGAGGCCAUUCCAGAGCAGGAAAGGAGAUGUUAGAAAUGAAGAGUUUUAUAGUCUACCUGUUAGGAUACGGGAGUACAUCCCUACCAGAUUUCUCUAUUAAAUACAACAGAACAUGUUUGUAAACUAUGAGCAGGUUUAAUUUCUUGUUCUUUAACUGUUUAUGUACAUGAUGUGAGGGUUUGUUAUUAAUUUAUAUAGAACUAUUGUAUCCUA